GCAUAGGUGGGAUCCACCUUUUAAUCAAACUUGAUACUCUCCCCAAAGCAAUAUUUUACCUAUAAAAAGAUGAAGGCUGACGGUAACCUCACAUUAUCCCCGGAGGAUGGACAUGGUCUUCAUUGUCAGGAUGUCCCAGAUGUGGAUGGUGAGAUGGGUCGUACUGCUGGUGGGACUGCAGUCAGUACAAGCAGAUUUUAUGUCUGAUUAUGGGGAUGAGGUUAACCUUCGAGUGACGGACCAGAUGACUGUGUUCCCAGGCAUGGCAAAUGUGAUUGUAACUGAAGCCGUACCGAAUCCAGAUCAUCAGUCCACGAUCUGCAGCACAUGGGGCAAUUUCCACUUCAAGACAUUCGACGGUCAUUUCUUUCAACUGCCAGACACGUGCAGCUACGUUCUGGUAAAGAUGUGCAACAGUCCCGUGUCUGAUUUCAACAUUGAAAUCCAAAGACAGAUUGUAAAUAACUCAAUCACGUUUGGCAAAAUCACGAUAAAUCUGGAAGGGACAGUCAUUGUACUCACCAACAACGACAUCAUCAUGGGAGACCAAGUGGUGUACGAUUCAACCUAUAAGGAUGGAAUUACCAUUGAGCUGAGCCCAAAUGUUAAGAUUUCCAACAAACAUGGAGUGUCUGUCUUUUGGGAGAAGGACAGAUCGUUUUUGAUUGAGCUUUCAGAAAAGUACAAAGAAAAGACCUGUGGACUAUGUGGAAACUUCAAUGGUGACAAGUCUGAUGAUGCCUUUAAAAAUGAAUAUGACUUGGCUACAUGGAAAGAGUCUUCAUCUGAAUCCUGUGGGCACAUCGAAAUGCAACUUAAUGGUCAAUGUGAAAACCAGACAAGCCUUUGCCAGCAGUACCUCAGCAGUCCAGGGUUUAGUGGCUGUUAUGAUGUGAUGGACAUGAGUUCAUUUGAAAAAGCCUGUGAGAGCGACCUGUGUCAAUGUUACGGCAACCACGACUGUCUGUGCAACACCCUAACAGAGAUUUCACAGCAAUGCACACAUGCUGGAGGACAACCAGGAACAUGGAGGACAAAACAGCUCUGCCCAAAGACGUGUCCUCUAAACCUGCUGUACCUGGAGUGUGGUGGUCCAUGCAAGAGCACCUGCUCAGCCCCAACUGCAGAUCUGAUGUGUACCGAUCACUGUGUGGACGGCUGCUUCUGCCCUGAAGGUAUGGUCGAGGAUGACAUCGGUCAGAGUGGAUGUGUUCCAGUGAACAAAUGCCCAUGUGUACACAAUAACAAAACCUACUUCUCAGGAGACUCGUACACACAGGCUUGUAAAACAUGUACAUGUGAUGCUGGACACUGGACCUGCUCAUACCUGGACUGUCCUGGAAUCUGCUCUGUUGUUGGAGGGUCUCACGUCACCACUUAUGAUGGAAAAACCUUCACCUUCAGUGGGAACUGCGACUACAUCCUCACUAAGCACUCUAAUGACAGUGACUUUGCUGUUGUGGGCAAUCUGGCACCGUGUAACCCGGACCGAACAGACAUUUGUCUAAAUUCAGUUGCCCUUGUCAUCUUGGGAAUCACUAUCAGCUUUUCCUCUAAUGGUGAUGUGACACUGAAUGGAAACAGCCCAUUUAACCUCCCUGCUAUCAUAGGUCCUGUGAGCAUCUUCCAGCCCUCUUCAUCUUUCGUUAUUGCUGAUUUACACAGUAUUCGUCUAGAAAUCCAGCUAGCUCCAAUUAUGCAGUUGUAUAUUGUAGCCAGCACUGAAGAGAAAGGGAAAAUGACUGGUCUGUGUGGAAACUAUAACGAUGUCCAAAAAGACGACUUUAAAACAGAAUCGGGCAUUAUAGAGGGCACAUCCACAACCUUUGUCAACUACUGGAUAAAAAACAACGUGCAGUACAGCUGUACAGAUGUUAAAGACACAUUUACGGAAAACCCUUGUAGCUUGCGCAUUGAGACAGAGAAACUUGCUAAAGACUGGUGUUCCCGCCUUACAAAUCAAAGUGGAGUCUUUUCGGCAUGUCAUUCAGAAAUAUGCCCUGACAUUUACUACCAAUGGUGCGUCUAUGACACCUGCAAGUGUGCAGAUAUCAGGCAGUGCAUGUGUGCGGCUCUUUCCACCUAUGCCCACGCAUGUGCUGCCAGAGGAAUCAUUCUCCAAGGCUGGAUGGAUGCAGAGCCUUGUGGUGAGAAGACUAACUGUCCAGACAAUAUGAAAUACUCCUAUGGUGUGACCAGUUGUGACAGCACCUGCCGUUCUCUCAGUGGACAAGAAAACACCUGCCAAGGGUCCUUCACACCUGUAGAUGGCUGCGUCUGUCCUGAGGGAACCUUCCUUAAUGAAGAGGACAGAUGUGUGCCUGCUGACCAGUGCCCUUGUUAUCUUGAUGACAAGGUCAUACAUCCAUCAGAAACAAUCUCCAAAGAUGGAGUUAAAUGCACCUGCAACCUUGGCAAAUUGCAGUGCUCCAGUCAAGACUGCGAGCCUCCAAUGAUCUUCUUCAACUGCUCUAAUUAUGAACAAGAUCAGAAAGGGCUGGAGUGUCAGAGUACAUGUGAGAAACAAGACUCCAACAAUUGUGUCAGCACAGGGUGUGUAUCAGGGUGUAUGUGUCCUGAGGGUCUUCUGGCUGAUGGAGAAGGUGGAUGUGUGGCGAGUUAUGAAUGUUCAUGUACCCACAACGGGGUCACCUAUAAACCUAUGGAGCAAGUUCAACAGGACUGUAACACCUGCACAUGCACCAACGGUAUGUGGAUUUGUACAGAAGUGUCGUGUUACGGAACCUGUACCAUCUACGGUGAAGGUCAUUUCAAGACUUUUGAUGGCAACAGAUACUCCUACCAUGGAGAUUGUGCACACACUUUGGCUCACGAUUCUUGCAGUAUGGACCAAUCUCCCUCAUUCAGACUUGUCUCAGAGAACAAACUCUGUGAAUCCACCAGCACCAUCUGCAAGUCCAUCAGUCUGUUCUUUGGGAUCCAGCAGCCAUCUGAGAUACAUUUAUCUGAGGAUGGAGUCAAGGUUUUGGAAAGCAGCAACACUGAAUACAAAUAUCAAAUCCAUUCUGCUGGAAUAUAUAUUGUUGUCGAGGUCCAAGGUCUUUUGAACUUAAUCUGGGACAAAAAAACAAGUGUGAUUCUUCAACUCCAUCCCAACUUAAAGGGCAAUGUGUGUGGACUGUGUGGAAACUUUGAUGGUAAUGCAAAUAAUGACUUUAUGAAACACAAUGGAGAAGUGGUGACCGAUCCAGAGAAGUUUGGGAUCAGCUGGAAGGUGAAACCCGACUGCCCGGAUGUGACAAACAUAAAAGACUUGUGUACAGAAAAUCCACAUCGCAGUGUCUGGUCUGAAAAACGAUGUAGCAUCAUAAUAAGUGAUGUCUUUAAGGAUUGCCACACACUUGUGGACCCUAACCAAUAUUAUGACGAUUGUAAAAGAGACACUUGUGGAUGUGAAACUGGGGGUGACUGUGACUGUUUCUGCACUGCAGUGGCAGCCUAUGCUGCUGAAUGCCGUCGAAAGGGAGCUUGUGUGAAAUGGCGGAGCCCAAAUACAUGCCCUCUAUUUUGUGACUAUUACAACCCUCCGGGAAAAUGUGAGUGGCACUAUGAUUCCUGUGGACCACCCUGCCCAAAAACCUGCAAAAACCCAACUGGAACCUGCUCUGAUCAGAUUCCUUUCCUUGAAGGAUGUUUUCCUCAGUGCCCUCCAGAAACUCCAUAUUUGCUGGAUGAAACCAUGACUUGUGUUAAAGAGUGUUACUGUAUCUAUAAUGGAAAGCAAUUCACUGUUGGAUCAAAAGUGUACACCAUUGAAUACAAGGAAGGAACAUGUGCCAGUGGUGUAUGUAUAGAAAAUGGGGCAAUAAAAAACAUUACAAUGGAUUGUCCAACAACCACUCCUUCUACCACCACUACUGUACCACCACCAUCUACAGCAACAGAAAUAUUUAUCUCUACAACUCCUACAGUGACAACCACAACUACAACUCCUACAAUACCAACUAUCACUACCAUAGUAACUCCACCAUCUACAACACCAGAAAUAUCUACCGCUACCUUUACAACUCCAACAGUGACAACCACAACUCCUACAAUACCUACUACCACUACUACUGUAACGCCACCAUCUACUACAAUGGAAAUGUCUACCACUAUCUUUACAACUCCUACAGAGACAACCACAAUUUCUACAAAACCUACUACCACAACACCACCAUCUACAACACCAGAAAUAUCUACCGUUACCUCUACAACUCCUACAGGGACAACUGCAACUCCUACAAUACCUACUACAACUACUACUGUGACACCACCAUCUACAACAACAGAAAUAUCUACAACUCCAACAGUAUCAACCAUAACUCCUACAAUAACUACUACCACAACACCACCAUCUACAACAAUAGAGAUAUCUACCGCUACCUCUACAACUCCUACAGUGACAACCACAACUCCUACGAAAUCUACUACCAUAACACCACCAUCUACAACAACAGAAACAUCUAGCACUAUCCGUACAACUUCUACAGUGACAAUCACAACUCCUACAAUAUCUACAACCACUAUUACCCUAACAACACCUAUUUGUCAUUGGUCAGAGUGGUUUGACAACAGCCAGCCCAGCACAGAUGUUGAAGGACAGGAAAUUGAAUCCAUCAAAGAGUUAUGGCAAACUAAUAAAAUUCCCUGUGAGAUACCAGACAAGAUUGAAUGCAUGUCAAAUUAUGGUGAUAAAAACUAUACAGGCGAGAACUGGAACCAUGAUCAAGUAGUGUCCUGUAAUACAUCUUUUGGAUUAUUAUGCUCAAACCUUGAUAAUGCAUAUGAAGCUUGUGAUAAUCAUCUAAUACGUGUAUGUUGCAAUGGAUCACUAAGUACCACAAGUUCUACAAUAUCAACUACCUCUACUACUAUAACACCACCAUCUACAACAUCAGUAACGUCUACCACUACUUCUACAACUCCUACAAUACCUACCACUAGUACUAUAACACCACCAUCUACAACAUCAGUAACGUCUACCACUACUUCUACAACUCCUACAAUACCUACCACUAGUACUAUAACACCACCAUCUACAACAUCAGUAACGUCUACCACUACUUUUACAACUCCUACAAUACCUACCACUAGUACUAUAACACCACCCUCUAAAACAACAGUAACAUCUACCACUACUUUUACAACUCCUACAGUGACAACCACAACUCCUACAAUACCUACUACUACAUCACCACCAUCUACAACAACAGAACUAUCUACAGUUACCUCUACAACUCUUACAGGGACAACUGCAACUCCUACAAUACCUACUACAAGUACUACUGUGAGACCACCAUCUACAACAACAGAAAUAUCUACAACUCCAACAGUAUCAACCAUAACUCCUACAAUAACUACUACCACAACACCACCAUCUACAACAAUAGAGAUAUCUACCACCACUAGUACUAUAACACCACCAUCUACAACAUCAGUAACGUCUACCACUACUUCUACAACUCCUACAAUACCUACCACUAGUACUAUAACACCACCCUCUAAAACAACAGUAACAUCUACCACUACUUUUACAACUCCUACAGUGACAACCACAACUCCUACAAUACCUACUACUACAUCACCACCAUCUACAACAACAGAACUAUCUACAGUUACCUCUACAACUCUUACAGGGACAACUGCAACUCCUACAAUACCUACUACAAGUACUACUGUGAGACCACCAUCUACAACAACAGAAAUAUCUACCGCUACCUCUUCAACUCAAACAGUGACAACCACAACUCCUACAAUACCAACCAUUACUACUUUAACCCCUCCAACUUCAACAACAGAAAUAUCUACCACUAUCUCUACAACUUCUACAGUGACAACUUCAACUCCUACAAUAUCUACAACCACUAUUACCCUAACAACACCUAUUUGUGAUUGGUCAGAGUGGUUUGACAACAGCCAGCCCAGCACAGAUGUUGAAGGACAGGAAAUUGAAUCCAUCAAAGACUUAUGGGAAACUAAUAAAAUUCCCUGUGAGAUACCAGACAAGAUUGAAUGCAUGUCAAAUUAUGGUGAUAAAAACUAUACAGGCGAGAACUGGAACCAUGAUCAAGUAGUGUCCUGUAAUACAUCUUUUGGAUUAUUAUGCUCAAACCUUGAUAAUGCAUAUGAAGCUUGUGAUAAUCAUCUAAUACGUGUAUGUUGCAAUGUAUCGCUAAGUACCACAAGUUCUACAAUGUCAACUACCUCUACUACUAUAACACCACCAUCUACAACUACAGAAACAUCUAUCACUACUUCUACAACUCCUACAGUGUCAACCACAACUCGUACCAUACCCACUACCACUACUACUGUUACACCACCAUCUACAACAACAGAAACAUCUACCACCACAACUCCAACAGUGACAACCACAACUCCUACAAUAUCUACUGCCAUUACUACUACAACACCAUCAUCUACAACAACAGAAAUAUCUACUGCUACAUCUACAACUCCUACAGUGACAACCACAACUCCUACAAUACCUACCACAUCACCACCAUCUACAACAACAGAAACAUCUACCGCUUCUUCUAUAACUCCUACAGUGACAACCACAACUCGCACCAUACCCACUACCACUUCUACUGUUACACCACCAUUUACAACAACAGAAAUAUCUACCGCUGCCUCUACAACUUAUACAGUGACAACUACAACUCCUACAAUACCUACUACCACAACACGACCAUCUACAACAACAGAAAUAUCUACCGCUACCUCUACAACUCCAACAGUAACAACCACAACUCCUACAAUACCUACCAUUACUACUUCAACCCCUCCAUCUACAACGCAAGAAACAUAUACCACUACCUCUACUACUCCAACAGUGAAAACCACAACUCCCACAAUACCUACUACCCCUACUACUGUAACACCACCAUCUACAACAACAGAAAUAUCUACCGCCACCUCUACAACUUCUAAAGGGACAACCACAGCUCCUACAAUACCUACUAACACUACUGCUGUAACACCACCAUCUACAACAACAGCCACUACACCGGCUUUCAUUGUGUACACGGGGCCCCCUCCAACCCCCUCCCCUUCACCUAUGCCACAGCAAUUAAACACAACUACAACAACUACCACUUGUUUCUGCAUAUACAAUAAUGUAAAAUACCCAGCAGGGUCAACUUUCAACCUACUUGAUAAGUGUUAUUCUGCUUAUUGCAACUCAUCUUGCUCUGUUGUACAACAGAUUAAUUUUGACAACAGCACGACAGACGCAUGCACUAUCAAAACAUGCAAAAAUGGAACAGUCACAUCAAAUCAUGUGCAAUGUGACCCAGUUGUAGUUCCUAAAUGUGUCAACGGCCUUGGACCUGUGAAGGUGUAUUAUAACAACCGGUGCUGCUAUAAAUAUGAGUGUGACUGUUUGUGCAAGGCAUAUGGCGACCCUCAUUAUCGAUCUUUUGAUGGACAAUAUUAUACUUUUCAUGGAAACUGCACUUAUGUGUUGAUGGAAGAAAUCAUCCCAACGUACAAUAUCAGUGUUCAUCUUAAGAACUAUUAUUGUGAUGUUGUGAAACGUAUUGCAUGCACCCAGUAUGCAAUUGUUUAUUACAACUCUUACAAAAUCCUGCUGAACAGCACUGAUGAUAAAGUGGUCCAUGUCUAUGUAAAUAAUCAAGUGACGAUUCCAACAUACAUCACUGAUAGAUUCAUUAUCACCACCACUGGCAUAGCAGCGACUGUGAACAUCACUGAUGUAAACGUUCAGAUUACAGUCAGUGCUACAGAAGUCUCAAUCAGACUCCCGUUUUCCUCCUUCCGUAAUAAUACAAAGGGACAGUGUGGUUGUUGCGACAACAACAACACAAAUGACUGCCAGUACCCUAACGGAACAAUCAACAGUUUAUGUGAGAAAACUGCAGCAUUUUGGAACGCUUCUGAAUGUACACCUCCACCCUCACCUCCGGUUCCACCUAUACCUCCAGUCGUACCUCCCUGUGAAAUUCUCAGGAGCAAUGUGUUUAAAAGCUGCCAUGAUGUCGUUCCCUUUGUUGAGUAUUAUCAAGCAUGUAAAUAUGAUGUGACCACUAUGGGAAAUGAGUCUUAUGGCUGUGCUAGUGUGGAGUCCUACGCACAACUAUGUGGCCGUAAAUCUAUCUGUGUGGACUGGAGAAGCUCACCUGAACUUAAAGGGCUCUGUGAUUUCAAGUGUCCUAGUACCAAAGUCUACAAGGCAUGUGGACCGAAAGUGGAAAAAUCCUGCAGUACAUCGUACAAUACUAUGUAUGCGGAUACACAAUGUCAAAGCAACGAUUGUAACCAAACAUUAGCAGAAGGUUGCUACUGUCCUGAUGGCCAAUAUCGGGUUAAUUUGGCAUCAAAUUUGUGUACAGCUUACUGCGACUGCAUCGGCCCUGAUGGAUCACCUAGAAAGCCUGGAGAAAUCUGGACCUAUCAGUGUUACAACUAUACAUGCCUUAAUACCGGUGUCUAUGUGAAAGUUCCUGUAACGUGUCCAACUGUAAAUAUGUGUGGUGAUGGAUACAAAAGCGCUGUUGAAAACUGCUGUCCAACUUGUGUUUGUGAUUAUGAGCAAUGCCUUCAGAAGAAAUGCGAUGUGGGAUUUGAGUUAGGCUUCAAUAAAACUGAAGGCAGUUGCUGUCCACCCUGCGUGCAAAAGGAUGUCUGUGUGUACAAUAACACCGAGUACAAGGUUGGCGUCUACUAUUUCACAUGUCAGACUUUGAACUGUCGUCAAGUUAAUGGCUCAUUUGUGGCAGAGAUGACCACAACUCAGUGUCCUUACUUGAGUUCACAGGACUGUGGGUCUGGCUUUGAAUAUGUGAAACAAGAAGGAGAUUGUUGUGGAGCAUGUGUGCAAAGAAACUGUACUUACAUGAUUGAAAACACCACAUACACUCUUCAGGUUGGAGAAGUUCACAGUUACAAAUGUGAAAAUGUGACCUGUAGUGCCAUUAGUGGCUCUCCAGUGACUGAGAGGAACUCUGAGAAGUGCACUUACUUGAGUUCACUUGACUGUAAACCUGGCUUUGAAUACGUGUAUCAAGAAGGAGAUUGUUGUGGAACAUGUGUGCAAAGGAACUGUACUUACAUGGUAGACGAAACCACACACACUCUUCAGGUUGGAGAAGUUCACAGUUUCAAAUGUGAAAAUGUGACCUGUAGUGUCAUCAGUGGCUCUCCUGUGACUGAGAGGAACUCUGAGAAGUGCACUUACUUGAGCUCACUUGACUGUAAACUUGGCUCUGAAUAUAUGAUACAAGAAGGAGAUUGUUGUGGAACAUGUGUGCAAAAGAACUGUACUUACAUGAUGGACAACACCACAUACACUCUUCAGGUUGGAGAAGUUUACAGUUACAAAUGUGAAAAUGUGACCUGUAGUCUUAUUAGUGGCUCUCCUGUGACUGAGAGGAACUCUGAGAAGUGCACUUACUUGAGCUCACUUGACUGUAAGCUUGGCUCUGAAUAUGUGAUAAAAGAAGGAGAUUGUUGUGGAACAUGUGUGCAAAGGAACUGUACUUACAUCAUGGACAACACCACAUACACUCUUCAGGUUGGAGAAGUUCACAGUUACAAAUGUGAAAAUGUGACCUGUAGUGUCAGUGGCUCUCCUGUGACUGAGAGGAACUCUGAGAAGUGCACUUACUUGAGCUCCCUUGACUGUAAACCUUUCUUUGAAUACGUGAAACAAGAGGGAGACUGCUGUGGAACAUGUAAACAAACAUGCUGUAUUUAUGAAGCACCAGACAACACCACCCAUACUCUUAAGAAUAACGAGGCGUACACAUCCAAAUGCGAGACCGGUACCUGUCAUGAAGUGAAUGGCUUGUUUGAGACUGAGAAGACGAUUAAGCAAUGCCCUCCAUUUAAUCCAGACGACUGCGAGCCUGGAACAAUAAAAUUGGACUCAGAUCAGUGCUGUUACACAUGUGAAACUCGCAACUGUGUCCGUCAGAGAAAUAUCACCCGUCUGCAAGUGGAUGACUGCACUUCUGUUCAGGAUCUAGAAAUUACAUCCUGCACUGGCCAUUGUGGCUCCAUGUAUUCACUUUACGCCAAUCAAAUGACCAGCUGCUCCUGCUGCCAGAAAGAUAAGUCUACCAGUCUGCCAGUGAAGCUGAAGUGCACCAAUGGAACAGAGAUUGAUUAUAACUACACUUACAUACAGUCAUGCAAAUGCACUCCAAUGAAGUGUGCAGACAAGCUUUAAAGUCAAAUAAGAGAUCCUGCUUUGAAUAUGACUCUGCAAUCUGACACUGAGAAAACUCCCAAUUUAACUACUAAUAUAUCAGAAAUGAAUGAUAGUGAUGAUUUAAGCUAGCUUAACGAUUGACUGACAAAGCAUUGGUGGCUAUAUAUAUAUAUGUUUGCAUACAUUUUUAUCUGGGGAAUUGUUUCAUUCUAACUAUAGUCUGUUUUGUUAUUACUCAAAGGAGAUUCUGGGCACUUUUUUGUUUUGUAUUCAUUAUAGUCUCUGUUAAUGCAUGAUAUAAACCUGUACUUUUCCUUCCAAUCAAAUUAAUUAAAUCAGAAAAAGCAUAAUAACGAGCAUAAA